GAAACUUCCCGCCUUCUUAUUGUUCUCUCCGUUUUUAGCUCAAAAUUAGAUGAACAAAAAAUAUCGUCUGCUUGGAUGAUUUUACCCUCGGAAAAUUCACAUAUCGGCCGCUCACCGUUAGAUGUCUACGUGGCAAAUCUUCUCUGACGCCGGGAAUAGUUUCCGGUGGCAAUGCUCCCACGUCAAGCUCUCAAGUGAACCACAAAAAGCCCUAAUUGAGAAACCUAGCUCUCCUCACCAUCUUCCUUCUAUCGCCGAUCUCUUGGUUCAAGGAUUCUCAAAGCUAUACGAGGAUCAAAACGAUGAAAUUGAGACCCCUCGUUCUUUCCAAACUGGAUUGGGGAAACCGGUUGUUGUGAAGCAAUCUUCCUUGAUAAAAGCAUCAUCAAUUCUUGGAGAUCAUAAUGAUGAAGUCACUGUUCUUCCCAAAUUAAAUCAAAGUGGUGAGAUUGAGACCCCUCCGACUUUCCGAACUGGAUUGGGGAAACCAGUUAUUGUGAAGCAGCCUUCCUUGGUGAAAGCAUCAUCUAUUCUUGGAGAGCAAGAUGAUGGAGCCACUGUUCUUUCUAAAUCAGGAUAUUCGAAGCUGUACAAGAAUAAAAGUGAUGAAGUUGAGACCCCUCCUUCUUUCCGAACUGGAUUGGGGAAACCGGUUGUUGUGAAACAAUCUUCCUUGGUGCAAGCAUCAGCCAUUCUUGGAGAUCAAGAUGAUGGAGCCACUGUUGGAUAUUCAAAGCUACAUGAGAAUCAAAGUGGUGAAAUUGAGACCCCUCCGACUUUCCGAACUGGAUUGGGGAAACCAGUUGUUGUAAAGCAAUCUUCCUUGGUGAAAGCGUCAUCCAUUCUUGGAGAUGAAGAUAAUAGAGGCACUUUUCCUUUCAAAUCAGGAUAUUCAAAGCUACAUGAGAAUCAAAAUAGUGAAAUUGAAACCCCUCCAACUUUCCGAACUGGAUUGGGGAAACCAGUUGUUAUAAAGCAAUAUUCAUUGAUGAAAGCAUCAACCAUUUUUGGAGAUGAAGAUGAUGGAGCCAUUGUUUCUUCCAAAUCAGGAUACUCAAAGCUACAUGGGAAUCAAAGUGAUGAAGUUAAGACCCCUCCGUCUGUCCUAACUGGAUUUGGGAAACCAGUUGUUGUGAAGCAAUCUUCCUCAUUGAAAGCAUCAUAUAUUCUUGGAGAUCAAAAUGGUGGAGCCUCUGUUCUUUCCAAAUCAGGAUAUUCAAAUCCAUAUGGGAAUCAAAGUGAUGAAGUUGAGACCCCUCCAGCUUUCCGAACUGGAUUGGGGAAAUUGGUUGCUGUGAAGCAAUCUUCCUUGGUGAAAGCAUCAUCUAUUCUUGGAGAUCAAGAUGAUGGAGCCAUUGCAGAUACAGGAUCGGUAAACCGAGAGGAAAAUUCAAAAAUAGGUGGCACCCCCUUCACAUUUCGUACUGGAUCCGGGAAAUCAGUUGCUAUAAAGCAGUCUUCCAUGGCAAAAGCACUAUCUAUGUUUGGAUGCCAAGAUGAUGAUGCAUUUGUAGACACAGGUGGAGAUGAUGGAACCAGUUGCUCAAAUUCCAUGUUCCAAACAGGGUCAGGGAAAGCUGUGAACAUAUGCUCAACAGGUCUUAUCAAAGCAAGAACAUUGUUAGGAUUGGAAGAAAAUUCUGAUCAUAAUGAGGCUUCUAAAGGCCUUGAACAUGCGAAUACAGGUGAAAUCAGGGAGGUUGCUCGAGGGUCUAUUCUUUCUUCUUCUAGACCACCACCUAUCAAGUUUCAAACAGCUGGUGGAAGAUCUGUGAAAGUUUCUGGUGAUGCAUUGAAACGAGCAAGGAGUCUUCUAGGAGAUCCUGAUGUAGGGAACUUCUUAAAGGAAGGGGAUGCAUGUUAUCCUGCAUUUUCAUCUAAUAAGAAAUUGGGGAAUAACAUGUUGAACAAAGAAAAUAACGUGUGUAAUUCUUGUAGUGAUGGCAUACCAAAAGCAAAGCAACAGUCUAAUAACUUCAUAUCCCCUGUAAAAUCAGUUUUAUCUGAUAAGAAGACUGUAUCUAGGUUAGAAAAUACAGGUUUGAGAAGUAAUUUGAUCAAAGAAUUUGAUGCAGCUGAACAUGAUAUCACUCCCAAGGAGUAUAAUAAUCAUAUCCCUUUGGUGGAUAUUUCAAAUACUAUUGGUUUGAGUGGAACCGGAGAAAAGAGGAAACCAUCAAGUCGAAUAUAUCCAUCUCCAUUCAAGAAGCCGCGAAAUUCCAAAUUCGUCCCUCCAUUGAACAAAAAGUCAACAUUCAUCCCUCCAUUGAACAAAAGCUCAACAGCAGUCUCUAAUGGUACAAUGCCCAAAAUGCCUGAAGGAUCAUGCUUCAAAAAAAGGGUUUCCACUCGAUACCCUUUUCAGUUUUCUCGCAAGUACAUCAAGGAAUAUUUUGGAGAGCCUCCAUCCUUUCAUAAUAUGUUUGAGAACAUACCUGAAUGGUUAAGAAAGAUAAAUCCAGAAAAUGCAGAGAAACACAUGUUUGAAGAUGAAUGUGGUUUAAAAUGCAUUGGUGUGGAUGCCUUCUGUCACAUGUUGACUCAAUCAGGAUGUUCAGCUCUUUCAAAAGAAUGGAUUGCAAAUCACUACAGAUGGAUAAUCUGGAAACUUGCAUGCUAUGAGAGAUGUUAUCCUGCUAAAUUUUCUGGGAAACUUUUGACUGUUUCCAAUGUGGUAGAGGAAUUGAAAUAUAGAUAUGAAAGAGAAUAUAACAAUGGUCACAGAUCAGCUCUGAAGAGAAUUCUAGAGGGAGAUGCUCCUCCUUCUUCCCAUUUGGUACUUUGCAUAGCAUCUGUAAAGUUAAAGUGUAAUGAAGAACAAGAUGCAGAGGUUCCUUCUGCAUCAAAUAUAGAACUAACAGAUGGAUGGUACUCAGUUAAAGGUCUCUUGGAUGAUUUACUAUUAAAGCAACUUCUUGCUGGAAAAUUGUUUGUUGGACAAAAACUAAGGAUUUGUGGAGCUGGUUUAAGCGGAUGGAAUGCACCUGUUUCACCCCUUGAGGCAUCAAAUAUGAUUAGCUUAUGCUUGCACAUGAAUGGGACAUAUAAAGCUCAUUGGGCUGAACGCUUGGGAUUCUGUAAAAGUGGUUGUGUUCCAUUAGCCCUUAAAUGCAUUAAAGGUUCUGGAGGUGUAGUUCCCAGCACAUUAGUUGGAGUGACACGUAUAUACCCUGUUCUAUACAGGGAAAGGUUAAGUGAGGGGGGUUUUGUGGUGAGAUCAGAGAGGAUGGAAAGCAAAAGAAUGCAAUUGUAUGACUACAGACGUUCAAGCAUUGUGGAAGGGGUUAUGUCGGAGUUUGAAAGAGGAUUCAAAAGUUUUGAAACUGAUGAUGAUGAUGAAGGUGAGAAGAUUUCACAUCUACUAGAAAAAGCUGCAGAACCAGAAGUUUUAAUGGCUGAGAUGACUUCAGAACAACUCACUUCCUUUGCUUCUUAUCAAGCAAAAAUGGAGGCAAGUAGACAAUCAGAGAUGCAGAAAUCAAUCAAAAAGGCAUUAGAUGAAGCUGGAUUAAGUAGGAACGAAGUGAACACGCUUAUGAGGGUUAGAGUCGUUGGUUUAACUAGUAAAAUUCACAAUCACAUCGCCUCCCCACAACCACAACAAGCCUUGAUAACAAUAUGGAACCCAACUGAGAAACAGCAAUCAGAGUUAGUGGAGGGGCAAGCAUAUACUGUUUCAGGUCUUACACCGAUUAACUCUGAUUCAUGUACUAUUUAUAUGCGUGCAAGUGGAUCUACAAACAAAUGGCGCCCGUUAUCUUCAUCAUCAACUCAACACUUUCUGCCGUUUUUUAGUCCUCGAAAACCAGUGUCGUUAUCGGAAAUGGGUGAAGUUGCAAUUUCCAGUGAAUUUGAUGUUGCUGCAUUUGUGGUGUAUGUGGGUGAGGUGCAUAAGUUUGGUGCUGAGAAGAGGCAAUGGGUUUUUGUAACAGAUGGUACUAGUAUUUCACCACAACAUGACCUUUCUCUCUCAGAUUCAUUGCUUGCAAUCAGCUUCUUUUCACCAUCUGUUGACUGUGAUUCCAUUGUACCAAUCAAUUACAACCUUGUAGGAUCAACGGUUGGGUUUUGUAAUCUGAUAAAGAGGGCCAAGGACCAAAUGAAUCGUAUAUGGGUGGCUGACGCGACUGAAAACUCUACUUACUUUUUAAGUUAUGAUGGUGGGAAUUCAAAACACUUGAAGGAUGCAGCUGCUUCUUCUGAUCGAUGGGCAAAAGCAAAAGUCUCUACUCUGAUAAUUGAGAAGCUAAAGGGAAAAAUAUCGUCUAUGGUUGCUAGAAAGGUAUAG